AUGUCGGGCGAUAUUCCGGAUUAUUAUUGGAAGAAUCUAUUGGCUAUCACAACUCGCGCACAAGCAGAUGAUACAACUGAACGAGUUGAAAGAGAAAUCCCAAAAGUUUUGGAUGGAGAUGUGAGUUUUUUUUGAAGAUUGAAUAUGUUAAAUACGUUAGUCGUUUUAAUAAUUUUUAAAAAAAUUUUUAAUAAUAAUUAAUUGUCUGUUCAGAGUCGAAAAUGGUUGGAAGAAGUAAUGCGUGAUUUAGUUCAUGAAACUGAUCCAUUUCGUCAACUUCAAAAAGUUAUCGAUAGUCUUCAUCAAUAUGCUUCUUCAAUUGAGAAAAUCAAUCAAUCAGACAAUGAUCAGAUUCUCGAUUUAAUUGAGAGACUCGAUGAUCUUUUAUCAAUUGCUGAUUUAUCUAAUCAAUUCAUAAACAAUGGAGGAUUGCUCAUAUUAGAAACUUUCAUUGUGGGACAAAAUGUUGAUAGUGAGAUUCGUGUUAGAUUUGCACAAGUUAUUUUAACAUGGGCUGAAAACAAUGAAAUCGCACAAAAUGCAAUUAUCGAUAGUAAACUUUUCAACGAACUUCUCAAGAUUUUAUCCAAUCCUGAAACUCCAUCGGUUAGUGUUUUUUCUUUCAAAUGUAGAAACAUGUUAUAAAUUAUUUCAGGGAUUAUUAUCUGCAAUUUUGAGUGCAAUUUCUGGAUCAGUUCGAUCGAAUAAAUCAGCAUUUUCAAAGUUUGAGGAGGUAAAUGGUUCGGGUAUUUUGGAAAACCUCGUGAAAUCUUCAAAAUCUGUUCAAGUCUCGGCAAAAUCUGCUCGAAUUCUCACUUCCAUUUCAUAUACAAUGCAAGAUUAUCCAGAAUUCGCAAAGAAAUUGAAUAUUCCAAUUAUUGGUGCAUAUAUUUUAUUGGUUUCAAACGGAGAACAUUUUGCAGAGUUAGAAUAUAUCAGGUUUGUUGGAAGUCUAAAUUGAUUUUUCAUUUGAAACGACGAAAAUAUUUUCAGAGAAUAUUUAUUGAAUUAUGUUGAAUGGGCAGAUGUUGAAGAAAAAUUGAGAAAUGAAUUAUUGACAUCUUUGGAUCUGGAAAAUCGACGUGAUUUAGAUCAAACAAACCGCGAUCUCAUUUCAAAACUUCUCAAAAAGUUUGGAGCUCUUCGAACAGGCUAG